AUGGUUGUGGUGCCCAUGGCACCAGAGAAAAUAGUGGUCACAUCAUCAAUGAUGCUGGGGAUGUCGAGUGCAACUGAAACUCUUUGUGGGCAAGCAUUUGGAGCAGGGCAACACCACAUGAUGGGUAUUUACUUGCAACGGUCAUGGAUUGUCGACUUCAUUACGUUGACGAUCUUGCUCCCUUGUUUCCUCUUUGCAACACCCAUCUUUAAACUACUUGGUGAGGAAGAUACAAUAGCAAGAGCGGGUGGAUAUAUCUCUCUGUGGUUCAUUCCCUUUUGCUACAAUUUUGUUUUCAGCUUGACCAUCCAAAUGUUUCUACAAGCACAGUUGAAGAACAUGAUUAUUGCAUGGUUAUCCAUUGCCCAACUUGUAAUCCAUGUUCCUGUGUCAUGGCUCUUUGUGUACAAGCUGAACUGGGGCCUCAAUGGUGCAAUGGGUGCAUUGUGCAUAUCUUCUUGGUUCUUGGUAUUUGGUGAGUUCAUUUAUAUCUUUGGAGGUUGGUGUCCAAACACAUGGAAAGGUUUCACGAAAGAUGCCUUCAAGGAUCUAUGGCCUGUGGUGAAGCUUUCAGUAUCCUCUGGUGUGAUGGUUUGCUUAGAGUUAUGGUACAAUGCUGUUUUAGUCUUACUGGCGGGCUACAUGCAAAAUGCAGAGGUUGCUAUAUCUGCCUUCUCUAUUUGCCUCAAUAUCAAUGCAUGGGAAUUUAUGAUAAGCCUUGGCUUCCUAGGUGCCGCAUGUGUGCGAAUUGCAAAUGAAUUAGGGAGAGGAGAUGCCAAAGCUGCAAAAUUUUCCAUUAAAGUUUUAUUGAGUACUUCAGUCAUAAUAGGAGUAUUCUUCUGGAUUCUUUGCUUAGCCUUUGGUAACAAAAUUGGAUACUUGUUUACAAGUGAUAAUAAGGUGGCAGAGACAGUAUCAGAUCUUUCCCUUCUCCUUGCUUUCUCGAUAUUGCUCAAUAGCGUUUAUCCAGUACUUUCAGGGGUGGCAGUAGGGGCAGGAAUGCAAAGUACGGUUGCAAUUGUCAAUCUUUGUUGCUUUUACUUGAUUGGGAUUCCGGUUGGAGGUUUGCUUGGAUAUGUGGCUAAUCUUCAAGUAAAGGGUAUAUGGAUUGGAAUGAUCUGCGGGGUGGUAACCCAGUCGCUUACACUUUGCUUCCUGACUUGGAGAACUGAUUGGAAUGAACAGGUGGCCAAAGCUGCAGAACGGCUCAGUCAGUGGUACCUGAAAUCCUCAGAGGAGUCCAAUCAUAAUUCCAAUCAUGUUUGAGUUCGCAGAACCAGAGGUUAAUAAGGUCACCGGCUACUAUUAACAUCGAAUGAAAGUGAGAGUUUCUAAGUUUUGGCCCUAACCUUUAUGCUUUGUUCCUGGUGCAUCUUGUCAAAUUGUGCCUGUACCUUGUUUUGUUGUAGUUUUGGGCACAAGAGUCCCUUUGACUUCUAAAUUUCCUCUCAUUUGUUCCACCUUGUAAUGCCUUCAAAAGUUCUUUUUUCUUUUAAUGAGUUGAAAUAUAAUUUUAUUUCCCUUAAAAUACUCGAGUUAACACUCCUCUAGUGAAGGGCUAGUGGUAACCCAUACUACGCAUGGACAAUUGACAAUAA